AUGGCACAGAAAGCUAAGAAGGACCGCGCCAAAGCGAACACCGCAGCCCUCAAUAAUCUCCACAUCGGAACUCUCAUCGUCAAUGCUGUUUUUAUGCUCUUCAAUAUUCUUUUCAGGAGGCGGUCGUUUCUUGCGUAUGUCAUCUUAUCGAUCCCCUGCUUCAUCGCAGAAUUCAUUCUCGAAUCAACUGGCAGACCCAAAUUUGAUGCAUCAACGAAAGCUUUGAAGAGUUCGGGGGAGGAUCUCGCAGCACAGGGCUUGACGGAAUACAUGUUUGAUAUCAUCUGGAUCACCUGGGUUUCUUUGAUCUCGGUGAUAUUACUGGGCAAUUGGGGAUGGCUAUUGUGGUCAGUGGUACCAGUUUAUGGCUUAUAUAAAGGUUAUGGACUUUUAGGCAUGGCUAGGGGAAUGAUGGGUGGAGGAGGCCAACAAGCACCUAUGGCAGAGGAGCAACAAGCAGGGGCAGGAAACAGAAAGCAAAGGAGAGCUGCAUGA